UAUGAAACAGAACAAAACCGUAAAUUAAAUCCUUAAUUUCUUUAGCAUUAUUUUUUAAGACUGUCUUUUAGCUUCAAGUCAAAAGAAACUCCAAUCUAUCUAUCCACCGUUCGAUCUCUUGUAACGCCUUAUCCUGCACACCUCGGCCGGCUCAGAUCCCGUAAUCUUUACAAUCUAAGCAACUGAUACUCCUUCUCUUUACUGAUCGAAGACGGUAUCAGCUUCUUUGCAGCAUUUUUUCAUUUAGAGAGGCAUUCUUUAAGGAUCUGAAUUAUGAGCUGCUUUGGCUGCUGUGAGGAAGAUGACAUGCAUAAAGCUGCUGACAGUGGAGGUCCAUACCCUGUUAAAAGUUCAGCAGUUUUUCUUGUCAGGGAAUGUUGGAGGUUAUCAUGCAUCAGAAACUGCACCAAGGGGAGCUCAGGCUGUUAAAAUCCAGCCUAUUGAAGUCCCUUCCAUUUCAGUGGAUGAAUUGAAGGAAGUUACAGAUAACUUUGGGAUAAAUUCUCUUAUUGGAGAGGGUUCAUAUGGAAGAGUGUAUUAUGGGAUUCUUAAAAGUGGGCAAGCUGCCGCUAUCAAAAAAUUAGAUGCAAGCAAACAGCCCGAUGAUGAGUUCUUGGCACAGGUUUCCAUGGUAUCACGGCUUAAGCAUGAAAAUUUUGUACAAUUGCUUGGUUAUUGUGUUGAUGGAAAUUCCCGUGUACUUGCCUAUGAAUUUGCGUCCAAUGGAUCUCUUCAUGAUAUUCUUCAUGGGAGGAAAGGUGUUAAAGGAGCACAACCUGGUCCUGUACUUUCGUGGCAGCAGCGGGUAAAAAUUGCUGUUGGGGCUGCAAAAGGCCUUGAAUACUUGCAUGAAAAGGCUGAUCCUCACAUUAUUCAUCGUGAUAUUAAGUCAAGCAAUGUUCUUAUUUUUGAUGAUGAUGUUGCAAAGAUUGCGGAUUUUGAUUUAUCAAAUCAAGCUCCAGACAUGGCAGCACGUCUUCACUCCACUCGCGUUCUAGGAACAUUUGGUUACCAUGCUCCUGAAUAUGCAAUGACUGGACAGUUGAAUGCAAAGAGUGAUGUAUACAGUUUUGGGGUUGUGCUACUUGAGCUUCUGACUGGGCGGAAACCAGUUGACCAUACAUUACCUCGGGGGCAGCAGAGUCUUGUGACAUGGGCCACACCGAAACUUAGCGAGGACAAGGUUAGGCAAUGUGUUGAUACAAGACUUCAAGGGGAUUACCCACCUAAGGCAGUCGCAAAGAUGGCGGCUGUUGCUGCCUUGUGUGUGCAAUAUGAAGCGGACUUCAGGCCUAACAUGAGUAUUGUAGUUAAAGCUCUUCAGCCCCUCUUAAAUGCCCGGCCAGGACCAGCUGGUGAAACACCAAGCCUAUAAUUCUAUCUCUGCCUCCUCCUCGUGUAUCCAGGUGAAUAUUCAAGUGUGCAUCCACACCAUGCUGAGAGACCGACAAAGAAUUGUUACGGAAAAUGUUAGUAAAUUAUUUGGAUAGCGCCCUAUGCUUCCAUUAUUUCCUAUGUAUUUCAUUUGUUCAUAAUGUGUGAGGCUGUUUUCUCCUGUUAUAUUUUUUAUUUUUUUCUUUAAAAAUCAUAUAUAUAUUUUGUUUAAUUUUCCUUUUUAAGUUUUUUUCUUCAUGUUAACUGGAAAAACUUCUGGGUCCUUUGUCUCCCCCAUGUGAAUGAAAAUGAUGUCCUUAUCCAUCA